AUGACGCUCCUUACGGAAGCCGCCGAGGGUCGUCGGAGACUUAACGAUAAUGCUAACGGGGAUAAGCUUAAUGUCGUAAUUGCGUACGAGCUCGGCUACGCCUGGGGCCUGAUUCACGAGCACGUAAGCCCUGUCUACUGGCCUAAGUCGUACUAUGGGAGUUCGGAAUGGAACUCCUUCGCGUUUAGCAGCCGAAACUUCAAAUGCGAUCAGAUCCCUGGUUACAACGCGGUAAUAGCCACUGCCCGGACGCUGAUCGCCACUAAGACCGAGUUUUCUAAGUUCGUCCCAGAAGAUGUGUGUAAGAACUGGGCACUUGCGAUAGCGGCAAAGUUUGGGGCUUCCGACUUCUUGCCCGGGAGAAAAGCUAUCUGGUCAGACCGGCUAGAUAAGGACGAAGCCGGCAAGGACGAUGUCGACUGGGACUCGAUUAUGAUGUACUCGACUAAUUACCUCGGUCCCGGGGUCCUCUAUGACACGGAUCUGGGUAUUAUUCUAGAGCGCACUAAGCCAUCGCAGCGUGAUAUUGCUGGCCUUAGAGCGUUAUAUGAGGCUGGAUAUAAGCGCGAAUAUGCGGCGCUGCAUAACGAACAGACUAGCCCUCAGCUCGAAGAGUUUAGGAAGCUGACUUGCGGCUAG